ACAGCACUUCCCUGGAGCACCACUCAGAUCAGAGGCAAGAAGCCGUCACCAUCGGCCUCCUAUGAAGACCCCCCAUGCCAAGUCAGGGGGAUGGGUUCUGGUUUCUCUUCCCCCAACCCCCCAGCUGCUGCUGCUGCUGCUGCCGCCCAGGAGGUCAGACCAGCCACUGAUGGUCAUCACAGCACCACGACCUCCGCCGCUUCCGCCUCCUGUUCCAAGAAGAGAAAGUUAAACAACAACAGCAGCAGCAGCAGCAGCACCACCACCGCCAACGAAAGAGAGGAGUUCGAGCCCAUCUCUUCGUCCGCCUCCUCCUCUCCUCCUCCCAAGAACUCCUCUUCCGCCGCCUCCUUCGCGGGGCUCUCCGUCUCCUCCUCCAACCAUCAUCACCACCUCCAGAAGAAACUCCGUUUUGAGGACUCCUUGGAUUUUUUUGGACUCGAUGUGAAGAUGGCCGAGGAAUCCUCCUCCUCGUCCUCCCCUGCCCCCGCCACCGCGGCACAGCAACAGCAGCAACUUAAAAGCAAAAGUUUAUUAAUCUCCUCCGUGGCGGGGGGGCACCACGCCAAUGGCCUGACCAAAACCUCCACCACGGUUUCCAGCUUCGCCAACAGCAAACCCGGCUCCGCCAAGAAGUUAGUCAUCAAGAACUUUAAAGAUAAACCUAAAUUGCCAGAAAACUACACAGAUGAAACAUGGCAGAAACUGAAAGAAGCCGUGGAAGCCAUUCAAAAUAGUACUUCAAUUAAAUACAACUUAGAAGAACUCUAUCAGGCAGUUGAAAAUCUCUGCUCAUACAAGAUUUCUGCAAAUUUAUAUAAACAGCUGAGACAGAUUUGUGAAGAUCACAUCAAAGCACAAAUUCACCAAUUUAGAGAGGAUUCAUUGGACAGUGUUCUUUUUCUAAAGAAAAUUGACACAUGCUGGCAGGAUCAUUGCAGACAAAUGAUCAUGAUUAGAAGCAUUUUUUUGUUCCUUGAUCGAACUUAUGUUCUUCAGAAUUCAAUGCUGCCUUCCAUCUGGGACAUGGGACUAGAGUUAUUUAGGACGCAUAUAAUUAGUGAUCAGAAAGUCCAGACCAAGACUAUCGACGGUAUUCUCUUGCUGAUUGAAAGGGAAAGAAAUGGGGAGGCCAUCGAUAGGAGUCUACUCCGAAGUCUUUUAAGUAUGCUUUCUGAUUUGCAGAUUUACCAAGAUUCUUUUGAACAUAGAUUUUUGGAAGAAACUAAUCGCCUAUAUGCUGCAGAAGGCCAGAGGCUAAUGCAAGAAAGAGAGGUUCCUGAAUAUCUGCAUCACGUCAACAAACGUCUGGAGGAAGAAGCAGACAGAGUCAUCACCUAUUUAGACCAGAGUACGCAGAAGCCACUAAUUGCUACUGUAGAAAAGCAACUUCUAGGUGAACACUUAACAGCCAUUCUUCAGAAAGGUUUGAAUCAUCUUCUUGAUGAAAAUCGAAUUCAAGAUCUGUCUCUACUGUAUCAGCUCUUCAGCAGGGUCCGGGGUGGCGUUCAAGUUCUUUUGCAGCACUGGAUUGAGUACAUCAAGGCAUUUGGUAGCACCAUUGUAAUAAAUCCAGAAAAAGAUAAAACUAUGGUUCAAGAGCUGCUGGAUUUCAAAGACAAAGUUGACCAUAUUAUCGAUAUUUGCUUUCUGAAGAACGAGAAGUUUGUCAAUGCCAUGAAAGAAGCUUUUGAAACAUUCAUUAAUAAGAGACCAAACAAACCGGCUGAACUCAUAGCGAAGUAUGUUGAUUCAAAGCUUCGGGCUGGGAACAAAGAAGCUACGGAUGAAGAACUUGAAAAGAUGCUGGAUAAAAUAAUGAUUAUAUUCCGGUUCAUUUAUGGGAAGGAUGUUUUUGAGGCCUUCUAUAAGAAAGAUUUAGCAAAGCGGCUAUUGGUUGGGAAGAGUGCAUCAGUAGAUGCUGAAAAAUCAAUGCUGUCCAAACUUAAGCAUGAAUGUGGAGCCGCUUUCACCAGCAAACUGGAAGGGAUGUUUAAAGACAUGGAGCUUUCAAAAGACAUCAUGAUACAAUUUAAACAGUAUAUGCAAAACCAGAAUGUACCUGGAAAUAUUGAGUUAACAGUAAAUAUCUUGACUAUGGGUUAUUGGCCAACAUAUGUGCCUAUGGAAGUUCAUUUGCCACCUGAGAUGGUAAAACUUCAGGAAAUUUUCAAGACUUUUUACUUGGGCAAACACAGUGGUAGAAAACUUCAGUGGCAGUCAACUCUAGGACAUUGUGUACUAAAAGCAGAAUUUAAAGAGGGGAAGAAAGAACUCCAAGUCUCCCUAUUUCAAACACUGGUACUGCUAAUGUUCAAUGAAGGAGAAGAAUUCAGUUUAGAAGAGAUCAAGCAAGCUACCGGCAUAGAGGAUGGAGAAUUAAGAAGAACACUCCAAUCAUUAGCCUGCGGUAAAGCCAGAGUUCUGACGAAAAAUCCAAAGGGCAAAGAUGUGGAAGAUGGGGAUAAAUUUACUUGCAACGAUGAUUUCAGACACAAACUCUUCAGGAUAAAGAUCAAUCAAAUUCAGAUGAAAGAAACGGUGGAGGAACAAGCAAGCACUACAGAGCGAGUAUUUCAAGACCGGCAAUACCAGAUUGAUGCUGCAAUAGUUCGAAUUAUGAAGAUGCGGAAGACGCUUAGCCACAAUCUCCUUGUGUCAGAGGUGUAUAACCAGCUGAAAUUCCCAGUAAAGCCUGCUGACCUUAAGAAGAGAAUAGAAUCCUUAAUUGACAGGGACUACAUGGAAAGAGAUAAAGAGAAUCCAAACCAGUACAACUAUAUUGCCUAAAACGUUGGCCUUUGAGCACUUGGUGUCCUACUCAGUUGCCAGUGGAUUAAACUAGCCUGUUGAUCCCAUUAAUUGACUUCUUUUAUACUACCGAUGACUGAAUGACAACAGUGUAACGGAAAAGUAUAGUAGAGUGGACUUUUCAGUGGUUAACAUGCCCCAUUUAAAGAGUACUAUUUACAUUUUAAGAAGAAUGCUGUUGAACUCUUUGCAUGUUAUUUAGUAUGAUGUGCAGAAAACUCUAAGAAAGUACCUGGUCUUCAUGAUUCAUCUGGAUCUGAGGAAAAGUCCCAACACUUAGGGAAAAAUGUUCCUUCACACCAUACUAUGAAGCGGAAGGUUAAGUUGCAUAAGGUAGCCUUUAAAGAUGCUUAAACUGCAUGCAGACUUUAUUUACUGUACAGAAUCCUGGAUGUAUUAAUCAGAUAGAAAAACCACCCUGGACUUGGUUGCUCACCUAUGUUUUGCACUCUCCCUUGUGAAAGGAGACUUGUGUUAAGUUGCAGAAGGAUGCUCUGUUACGGUGAAAGGGAUGUUUUUAAAAAUCUUCGGUGGACAUGAAUUCCGAAUACUGGGACACUUGCUUAUGAAGCGCUGUAUCUCUUUCCCCCUCAUCGGACGCCCUCCCCCAUCCCCUCCGCCCAAAUAUACGCAUUUCCAUCCCGGAAGGGGGUAAUCUUGUUAUGGCCCAGAGAUACAACAUCAACCCCUGUUACUUACAGCUAGAGUCAAAGUAGAAAACUGCUCUUGGCAGACUUGACUCGGGGGAGAAGUUUUUACAGUGAAAGUUACCAAAACAAAUUUGGAAAUCAGGGGAAGGAUGAAAAUCACUACAGGAACAAAAGCUCUUCAACUGAAUUGUUAACUUAUUUUGGAGCCACAUGGCAUUUGAAACAUUCAAGAUUGUUAUUUGCCUUGUAGACUGGUAACUCAACCAAUAUCAGCCUCAAUUCUGGACUGUUACAGGCCUCCCCUUAGCACCUACCGUGUUCUCUUGUCAACUGAGGUUUCUGAAAGCAUCCCUCACCUCUUUUUAUUUUUUUUCUUCGUUGGGAGUUGUUUAUUUUCUAUCUUACUCUAACCUAAAAGCCCUGGAAAAUGAGGCUCCGGAAACAGAGAGGGACUCAAUAAUAGUGGGUCCUGCUGAUCACGUAGCUCCUACUACUAGUAAAAGUUCUUGUGGCAACCGGACAAAGACACCUCCUGCACUUGAGGCUAAUUUACAAAAGUGAGAACAAUAGCAGAAGCGAAUUCAUCCAAAUCUGCAGGCAGCAUGCGUUUUAUGACUAAGAGGCUCCAUCCUGCCAUCCAACCAGUUCACUUUGCUCCAUGGCCAUGAAAAAUUUCACCUUGCAACAAGAGCGAGAUACAUCGGUGGCUUUAAUAAUCCAAACGUACGUUCGUGCUUUCCUCAAAGGUGUGUGUCUUCAUCCUCGGAAGGAAAAUGCCUAGUGUCUCCCCUUCAGCUGAGCAGCCUUAGUUUGUUGAGUCAGAAAGUUCUUCGGCGAUGACCGUUUUCUCAGGCCCGUCCUUGGCGGGCUCUGAAAAACGUCACUCUAACCUCUCUCUCUCACCAUAUCCGCUCAUGUAUACUGUUGACUGUCGAUACGUUGAAUUAAGAAUUUCUCGUCUUCUCUUAGAUGUCCCCACAGUUUUCCGUCUUUUCUUCCCGGUUCCUUUCCUCAUUGCCUUAACUGGGCCUGCCCAAGGAAUAAAGGCAACUGUUGUUUCCUUUCCUGGAGCGCUGGUUCCAACCCCACCGCUGACUUCCUCUGAGAUGUGAAUAUCUCCACAGAUCAGUUCCCCCUCUCCCAGAUCUCAUACUUCUGCUGGGAAACGUUGACUGUCACCCCCACCUUUCAAAGGCAAGUCCUUUCCAUUGAGCUGUUCCCUUCUUGAAUACGGGAGGCUGCUUCAACUGAAAAAUUGGUAAGACUAAAAGUUCAAAACUUAAGUAUCAGGGAAGGAGCUACUGAUGAAAUCGAAAAGAUACUGCAAGCUAUAAUAAAUCUUUGUGGCUUUUUUUUUUUUAAGCUGUUUCUGUAUCAGUUGAAUUUUGUGCUCCUUUUUCCCGUGUAUGUGGUGGUUCUAUUUUUCUCCAAUAAAACUUUUUAUUUAAAAAAAAAAGUUGUUUCUGGAGGGGAUCCUUAAAAAAUCAAGUGCGGGAGAGGUAUCUAAAACUAGAGGGCUUAGAGUAAAAACUCAGUUUUGCCAAAGGUUUCUGUUGAAAGUUGAAUGGGGAGUGGAGGGACAGGGAAGACCAGAAACUUAAAGGAAUGGAAAAAUGUAGGGAGUUGUUUUGUUGUUUUGUUUUUUUAAUCGUAGAAAAGAAAAAAUAGUUAUGCAAAUGUAGCCUUUAGCAAAUCCUGGAUUACUAGCAGAGAGGUUCUAAUAUUGCUGAGCACCUACAAAGACGAGCCUGAGAGUUUUACAGCCUCUAGAGGUACAAGCAAUGCUCUCGCUGGUUGUUGACCCGUAAAAUAUGCCUCAGGUCAGCAGGUUCUGAGACGUUAAAGGCCAAAUUGACCGCUUUUUCCACUCUGCCCUUCUCGUCGUACAUCUUUUUGGUCUUCCUUGUAUUUCUGUAUCUCUGCUACAGUGAUAAAUGAAGCUCUUCCGCAGCAGAAAGCAACUUCUUGCUAACAACCCUCCAGUGAUGCUUAUCAGAACAGCCAACAGUAAUCAUUAAAGGCUUGUGUGACUUGGUAGUCUGGACCAUCACUCACUUUGAACCCUAGGGAUUAUUGGCUGGGGUGCAAUUCUAGUGUCUAGCCUUCUUUUUGAUUUUUUUUAAAUCCUGCCUCUUGUGUGCAGUUUAUAGCAACCUUGUUCAUAAGAAAUUGCAGUUUGUUCUACUUAGAAAUAUAUGUUUUAGAGGGGUUUUAAAAAUCUUUAUACCCAUAAAUCUUUUUUUUUUUGGAUCUUGGCUGGUUUAAAAAAAAGAGUGACCACUGUUGUAAUGUUGUAACUGCGAAAGUGUUGUAAACCUGUUUUGUUCUCUAGUUUACACAAAAGUGCCAAAGUAAAUUGUUAAAGAAAAGGAAAAAAACCAACAACCUAGUAAAUGGGAAUCUACCUAGCUGUGGUUUAUAUUUUGACCUUGCUGGUCCUCCUUUCUCACAGUUUCUUCAGUUUCAUGAACACUUACAUUAAUUAUCCUUAAUGCUUUACUCUUAAACAGUAUUUCAUCUGUGCUUCUCCAAACUCUGUUCUAAUUCAGCAUUUUAGUCAUUUUUGGUUUUUUUUGAACUCUAAAUAGGUAAAGAGUAUUUCUUUGAAAAAAUUAAAAUUGAAAGAGUACAGCAGCAUUCAAAAAUGUAAUAUAGUUUUGUAUAAUGAUCCUUCAGAGGUUGUCUGGAGUUGGGGGGAUAAACUAACCCUGUUAUUCGUAAGAAGUCCCUGCUUAGUUAAAAGAAUAUUGGAAUUGUGCUUGUUCGAUGCAUCAGAACUUUAUAGUUAUGCAGAUUUGCAAAAAGGAACAGGUGACCACACUUGCCCUUAAUGCAAAUAUGAUAUCUUUUUAAUGUUUCAUAACCAGUCUGAAAAUGGGUACAGUCUUUCUUAAGUUGGUAAAUAAUGUAAAUAUGUGUCCUCUCAAAGAGUGAGUCUUAUCUAGGUAUUUUGUGUCAUUUAAUAAAUAUUAAACAGUUUUGUGUUGAUAAACUCUU